AGAGCAGAAAGAGGGAAUGUAUCAGUUUUUGACAGAACAUUCCCAAAAAGAAAGAUACUCUAUGUCAGUGAACAGACUGAAUGGAGGACUAGUUUUGAAUAUCCCGCCCUGCCAGGCGUCUCCUUCCAGCUCCACUGAGGCGGAGAUUCACAACCCUCUCCGGUCCAGAGCAGGCAGUUGUGUAUCGGCAAGCUCCGCUGACACGAUUCACUGAAAGCAAACUAGCACUGGAACAACAUUUAAAAGCAACUUCGUUAAAUACUACCAAUCUUUAAUUUACAACCAAGAACCGACACAGAAGAGCAUUGUCCCCGAGUUGAGCAUUUUAUCGAGCUUUUCCCUUUUGUUCGUGGAGAUGUGUCGCUUGGAGAACUAUUAGCGGACAGCGCUGCACACCGAAGCCAGGAUGAGUGGGAGCUUCGCGGUGUCCGGCGCGGCGCCCUGCCGCUUCGCUCACUACUUUGUUAUUUGUGGGAUAGAUACAGAAACUGGACUGGAACCGGACGAACUAGCAGCUUUGUACCAAUGGCUCGAAGCAGACCGCCAAGGCAGGGAUCCAGACACUGCAGCCACAGGUGAAAACUUUGAGCAGAGCCCUCUGAAGAGGACGUUCAAGUCCAAAGUUCUGGCACGCUACCCUGAGAACGUGGAGUGGAACCCCUUCGACCAGGAUGCCGUCAACAUGCUGUGUAUGCCUAAAGGCCUGUCGUUCAGGACGCAGGCAGACCAGCGGAAUCCACAGUUCCACUCCUUCAUCAUUACAAAGGAGGAUGGCUCUCGGACCUACGGCUUUGUCCACACCUUCUACGAGGAGGUGACCAGCCCCCAGAUCUGCUCUGCCAUGCAGACCCUCUACCAGAUGCACAAUGCAGAGAGCACCACUGCCAACACCCCUUCAUCCUCCUCCUCCUCGUCCUCCAGCAUGGACUCCCUGGCCAGCAGUUUAGACGAGGCCGACUCCCCCACUUCCUCAUCCUCCUCGUCUCGCAAGGCGGGUAGCUACGACUCAUCGCGGGACACCCUCUACGUGUCCAAGGCCUUGUGUCUGAUCACGCCCAUGCCCUUCAUGCACGCCUGCCGCCGCUUCUUGUCACAGCUGCACAGGGCAGUCACCGCGGCCACCACGCCCCCACUGCCGCUGGAGAGCUACGUUCACAACAUCCUGUACGAGGUGCCGCUGCCCGCCGCGGGGCGCUCACUCAAGUUCCACGGUGUAUAUGAGCCCAUCGUGUGCCAGAGGCCCGGGCUAGGGGAGCUGCAGCUGGCCGACUUCCCCCUCGCAGAGACGUUCAGUCUGCUGGGAGUGGAGAACCUGGUCCAGGUGUUCACCUGCACCCUGCUGGAGAUGCAGAUCCUCCUGUACUCGCAUGACUACCAGCGGUUGAUGACGGUGGCAGAGGGCAUCACCACCCUGCUGUUUCCCUUCCAGUGGCAGCAUGUCUAUGUUCCCAUCCUGCCAGCCUCUCUCCUCCACUUCCUGGACGCUCCUGUUCCCUACCUGAUGGGCCUACAAUCCAAAGAGGGCACAGACCGCUCCAAACUGGAGCUUCCUCAGGAGGCCAAUCUGUGUUUUGUGGACAUUGACAACCACUACAUCGAGCUUCCAGAGGACUUUCCCCAUUUCCCCAAUAAGACCGAGUUCAUCCAGGAGCUAAGUGAGGUGCUGCUUAGCUUCGGCAUUUCUGCCAACACAGGGGCUCCACCACGGACCCGCAGCGCUCCCGGCAGUGCUCCCGGCAGCACCCCCUCCACCCCUGGUCGGGAGCGCAAGACUGUCGCUCUACGGCAGCUGGAGGACGAUGGGCGUAAUGGCAACCUUGCAGGGGAGGAGCUGGCUGUGCUGGAGCUGCUGCAGGGAAACGCCACCCUGGAAAGACUGCAGGCGCUGACCAAACGCACCGGGGUGACUGUUGCCCGCGUGGACGCCCUGAGGGCCGGAGUCAAAGCUCAGAGCACUGAAGGGCAAGGGGGGCGGACAGCAGCUGAAGAUGAGGAGCUAAGGAACGCCAAGCUGAACAUCCAGCUGAGGGAGGUGUUCGCCAGCCGCUUCACCACCAUGUUUGCCGACUACGAAGCCUUCGUCAUCCAGAGCGCCCCGGACCUGGAGUCGUGGCUCACCAACAGGGAGCAGAUGCACAACUUUGACAAGGCCUCAUUCCUGUCCGACCAGCCGGAGCCCUACCUGCCUUUCCUCUCCCACUUCAUUGAGACGCAGAUGUUUGCCACCUUCAUCGACAACAAGAUCAUGUCCCAGUGGGAGGAGAAGGAGCCACUGCUCCGUGUCUUUGACGCUCGCAUCGACAAGGCCCGCCUCUACAACGUCCGCGCUCCCAGCCUCCGGUCCUCGUGCUACCAGAGGUGCUCCAUCCUUAAGGAGUCUGCUCAGAUAAUUGAGCAGCGUCUGAUGAAGAUCGACCACACCGCCAUCCACCCACACCUGCUGGACAUGAAGAUCGGUCAGGGCAAAUACGAGCAGGGAUUCUUCCCCAAACUGCAGGCCGACGUGCUCAACACAGGGCCGACGAAUAACAAGUGGUCUCAUAGGACGGCGACAGCUCAGCGCAGGAAAGAGCGUCAUAGGCAUCAAACGGAGCAUCUGGGCCUCGACAACGACCUGAAAGAGAAAUACAUGCAGGAGGCCCGCAGCUUGGGAAAGAACCUUCGACAGCCCAAACUGUCUGAUCUGUCUCCCGCCGUCAUCGCCCAGACCAACUGGAAGUUUGUGGAGGGGCUGCUCAAGGAGUGCCGCAUGAAGACCAAGCGUAUGCUGGUGGAGAAGAUGGGCCGCGAGGCGGUGGAGCUGGGCCACGGUGAGGCCAACAUCACCGGACUGGAGGAGAACACACUGAUCGCCAGCCUGUGUGACCUGCUGGAGAGGAUCUGGAGCCACGGGCUGCAGGUCAAACAGGGGAAGUCAGCCCUGUGGUCCCACAUGCUGCACUACCACACUCGAGAGGAGAAGCUGGAGCAGCAGCAGGCAGAGUCACCAGUGUCGCAUGUUCCUGAGAGGAGGAAGUCCGACUGUUCCAUAGCGAUGCCGUCUCUACGUGUGUCUCUCAUACAGGAUAUGAGGCAUAUCCAGAGUAUGUCGGAGAUAAAGACAGACGUGGGACGAGCGAGGGCCUGGAUCCGUCUGUCCCUGGAGAAGAAGCUGCUCUCUCAACACCUCAAACAGCUGAUGUGCCGACAAGCCUUAACCAAGAAGCUGUACAAGCGUUACGCCUUCCUGCGCUGUGAGGAGGAGAAGGAGCAGUUUCUCUUCCACCUGCUCUCCCUCAACACUGUCGACUACUUCUGCUUCACCAGCGUCUUCACCACCAUCAUGAUCCCGUAUCGAGUCGUCAUCAUCCCCAUCAAGAAGCUGAGCAACGCCAUGACCACCUCCAACCCCUGGGUGUGUGUGUCAGGAGAGCUGGGAGACUCUGGCAUCAUGCAGAUCCCCAAGAACUUCCUGGAGAUGACCUUUGAUUCUGCUUUCAGGCCUCACACGCACAUCUCCGCCUUGUUCAAGUGUCAGAACCUGGGGAAGCUGACCACGGUGCAGCUGGGUCACGAUAACGCUGGCCUCCUGGCUAAGUGGCUGGUGGACUGUGUCAUGGUGCGCAAUGAGAUCACCGGACAUACCUACAGGUUUCCAUGUGGUCGGUGGCUUGGCAAGGGCGUGGACGACGGCAGCCUGGAGAGGGUCCUGAUCGGGGAGCUGGUGCUACCCAGCGGAGAGGAGGAUUCUGGGAGAGGCUGCCGUACACCCCCGCUGCAGCGCUCGCCAUCCCAGAUCAGGCGCAUCAGCGUCACGGCGCUGUCUGGACGAGGAUACAAACCAACUUCAGCCCAGAUCCAAGAGGCCAUCGGGGAGGCAGUGAACAACAUCAUCAAACACUUCCACAAGCCAGAGAAAGAAAGAGGCAGCCUGACCGUCCUGCUGUGUGGAGAGAGCAGCCUGGUGUCCGCUCUGGAGCAGUUCUUCCAUAACGGCUUCAAGUCGGCCCGGCUCUUCCAGAAGACUGUGUUCGUGUGGGACUUUGUGGAGAAGGCUGUUGCUUACAUGGAGUCAGCUGACCAGAUGGGAGACCUUCAGGAGACCGCCGAGCCCCUGGGGAUGACCUGCCAAUCACUCUGUCACUACGUCAACGCCAUCAACUCCACCCCCAGGAACAUCGGCAAGGAUGGGAAGUUCCAGCUGCUGGUCUGCCUCGGAGCCAGAGACCGUCUGCUGCCCCAGUGGCUCCCCCUGCUGGUGGAGUGCCCGGUGAUCCUGCGGAUGUACGAGGACACGGCCCUGCUCAGAGACCGCACCACUGUCAACACCCUCAUCGGUGUCCUGGAGACGCUCCACCACUUCCACAUCACACUUGAAGCCUCGCUGGUCAAAGGCAUUGACCUUUAGCCCCGGGAGAGACACUCCGCUCUACGUUUUCCUCUAAAACUUCCACUUUUACCCUUUUGGUUCUGGUAUUACAAACGGGGAAGUAGGACGUGUGAGGGACAAACAAAAUGAAGAGUGAAGAAGCGUUUGGUUACUAAAGCAAAAGAGUUGCACUGCUUCAUGUGAGAAGUUUGCGCUUUGGAUCAACCAUAAGCUUGGAUACAGUAUUAACCACCUGUGGCUCUGAAAGACCCUUCUUAAUUCAAUUACAACCAGUGCUUAUUCAUGUUUCAUUUCAUGAACUACAAAUCCCAAUUUCCUUACAUUACCAUCUGGUAUGUUCUGGAAAACCUUCCUUACCUUCCAGGCAGCUAUUGGUUCCACUUUAUUUCAUUACACUUCAAAUCUACUCGAAGCAACGUAAAGCUUCCUGUAAUCCAUCAAUGUGUGAUCCCUCAAUCCUUUACAGUGUACUGAAAUGAACUGAAGCAGUGGCUGCAUGGAGGGAUGAAAAUCUAACAAAGAAAAUAUGCUUUGGCAAAUUGCGGACCGUAAUAAACACUGAUAUACGGGUUGGAAGAUUGCAAAACCACAGGUGUUUCUUUAAAGUAUUCGUAGCAGCAGCAGACAUUUUCCUGUGUGCUAGCUAUGUAGCCUAGCCUGCCUUCAGUAGGUACAAGUAGAUAAACUGUGAUAGAUUCACUUUCCUCCAUUACAGCGCCUCCAGCCCCACACCCUAGUUAGCAUUAGCGUUAGCAUUAGCGUUAGCAUUAGCAAGCAUGCCUUUGGGAUGUGGGAAGAGACGAUUACUGACACACUGGAACGAGAAGCUCUGUUCUGUAACCUACUGACUCUACAGUGCAGUGUUAUGUUACCAGCUCUCCAUACCUCCUUUUAUUCUAAUUCUCUGGACUCGUGUUGGGAAACUUCUCUGCUGGAAACUUGUGGAUGGACACAAAAACUGAUCUGUGACGUUGAGUCAGGAGCUGAACCUGUGGCUAAAUGGACAUUCCUACCGAACUCCAGGCAUCGACCUGGCAGUUUUAAAUGGUGUGUGUGUGUGUGUGUGUGUGUGUGUGUGUACGUGUGUGUACGUGUGUGUACGUGUGUGUGUGUGUACGUGUGUGUGUACGUACGUUGUCUGGUGCAUGCAUUGAUUUUUAUAUCUUCCAACUUAAUGUUUUUCAUUUUAAUUUAUCAUUUCCUAACUGUUUCUCUUCAAAAACAGCUGAAAUGUUUUAACUCGAGGUCCAUUUACCAGCUUUAAAAAAAAAAAAAAACUUUCAACCACAUUGUAAUUGCUUUGUUGUCAUGGAGUUCACUCGGCGGUCAUCGCAUGACUCAAGUAGGAAACUUUGUGUUUGGAAACAUCUGGCAAAUGCUCGUAAAUGGACUUUGAGUUCAGUGUAGUUUUGUCAAACUACAAUUCCCAAGGUCAACAACAAACUUUUACGCAAGCAAAAUGUUAUUUUUUCUAAAUUAAUGUAGUAAUCACUGGAUUAGAGUAAAGGAGAGUUUGGAGUGAACCUUCCGUCAUCUCACCAUUAACAGCAGGUGUCUUUUUCCAUCUUGGACGUUAGAAAAAGGAUGAUGUUGGUGUUAUCCUGUAUUUUUUAUUGUCAAAUCUCAUGAAAAGACCAAAACAAUGAAGUUUUCUCAAUACUUUGACUGUCUGUUGUAAAAGACAUACAUUUUUAAACCAAGUAUAUAGUUUAAUUGGGAAACAGCAUAAAAUAGUGCAUUUGCUGGGGACUAUUUUCAGUAGUGGAUUAAUACACAGUUGAUUCACAAGUGUGUAUAUUAUGACAUGUUUUUUUGCAGAUGGAUUGAGUCUUUUCAUGAAAACAUGAAAAAUAUAGAGCAUUAUUAUCCUUUAAUGGUGUUUUAGCAUCAAAUGGAUUCAUUUCAUAUCAGUGCGCGAUACAACAAACUAGCUGUUAAGACUUUUAAUUCCCAUAUUACAUGAAUGCAAUAUGACCUGUCAGAUAUAAAAGGGAGGAACAGGAUCUUACGAUUCAUUAUGAUAUUAAAGAUUUUAAUUAAUCCCCUUUCUCCACCAAACGUACACAUAAUUUUUAUACUUUAGGAGCAGACAACAGAGAUGGAUGGAAACUAAUAACCAUUGGUCUUCAGAUGCAUUUCUGUUUCCUGUAAACCUUUUUACUGCAUGAGAUGUUUGCCACUGUUGCUCCCCCUUAAAUGAAUCCUUUCUGAGAAAUGGUGUAAAUAUUGUCAUUAGUGCAUGAUGACAAGUAGACUGAGCUGUAUUUAUCAUAACCCUCUCUAAUGAACUUCAGAUGGAAGAUGAGUUUUGAGGGGACGUCUUUGCAACCCUCUCCAGUAUUGAGCCUGUGAAGGACCCACAGCCUGUUUCAAUGUCUUGGUUUCAUGUAUUUAUUAAUUUAAUAUUAAUCCACUGCAGGCUGACAGCAGCACUGGUAGUUUAAGGUUGAAGCCUGUGGAAUAACUGGAACAUGUUAAAGCAGUAACCACUAUUUCCACUUCCCAUGUUUUAACCCUGUGUUCUCCUGCUGUAGCCCUAACGCCUCACCUACAGGACUAUCCACAGCUCCAAAGCACAAUAACUGUUGUGCAAUUUGUUUGUGUACAAACUCUUUGCUGACUGCUACGGGGCAGAUUUCUGGCGGAAUAAAUAGUUGUUUGAUUGAGAUUGUUCCUUAGACUACUGCACACCGCUUACUACCCUGAACACACCUGUGUGUGACGAGUGGUAUUAACCUCGAGUGGAACUUCUUAAACAGGAAAUGCUACACAACAGCCAUGAUAGCAGUGACUGUGCAUGCUGCUCAUGGCAAGAAUGCCACUGGACAAAAUAUUUAUUAUGUCUAUUUCAAUAAAAACACCCAGUGUGUUAAAA